AGGGACCAUGAGAAGGAACGAAAUAAAAGAUAAACGCUUGACCUACUGGAAUUGUCACCCAUCCAUCCAAAUUUCCCGAUUCUUAUACUCUGAGUACCUUGAUGGAUGUGUUUAUCGUGGUUUAGAGUGAGAGAAGUGGAGGAUGGCUGCUGCUGCUGCUCCAAUGACCAUAAAGAUGAAGGCUUGUUGUGGUUAUGGUGGCAUCAAGGCCAUGGAAAUAAGAUGGGCGACUAGAAAGGAAUACAGCAGCAAAGUAUCAACGAAGUUAAAACCAAGAAUACCCAUUUUCAUAUCCACAAACCCUUCUCACAUAAACCCUCAAGAACUGAGAGACCUCUACGGCAUCUGUAACCACUCCUGCCACAGGUUUCCAAAGAUGGACAAGAUGGGGAAACUAGUUGAGCCUGUUGACAUCAAGAGACUAAGCGUUGCUCUUUCUCACAGUGCUCUCCUUGUCUCUGUCUUUUGCAAUGAAGAAGAUGUUUUGGCUAGUGAUGAUGAUUGUGGAAAUGAGAGUGAACCCAGUAAGGGAGAGACUCCUCCCGUGCUAGGUUUGGGAGAUUUGUUGCACAGGGUGGUGCCUUUGCCUGUGGUUUCACCUUCCACUGGCAUGUUAGUGGGAUUUGGCCGUGCUGUUUCUGAUCAUGGAUUGACUGCUUCCAUCUUUGAUGUCAUGGUUAUUCCUUCAUUACGAGGGAUGGGAAUUGGGACGAUGAUAGUUAAAAGGAUCAUUAGAAUACUCACAAGUAGAGAUAUUUAUGACAUUGCAGCCCUUUGCUCGGCCAAUGAGAGGCUGUUCUUCAAAGCCUGUGGAUUUGGAGAUGACAUAAUGGGAUCAACUACAAUGAUGUAUACAAGGACUCUUUCAACUCACAUUGAAGGUGAUCAGAUGUUUAAAUAUGCUGGUCGAAAACUUUUGCUGGUUCCGCCGCUACGUCAGUCUUCCUAGUCCUUGAAGAAGGCCAAAUACUCGAGCAUCAAACAGUCAGGCGGACCAAGUGUCAAGAGGGUUUGGGCCCGAGUGAUUUCAUUGAAAGAACGGCGAUGUGCCGAUAUCGUUCACUCGAU